CUUUUUAUGGGUGGAGACUGAGGACCUCCCCAAAAAAACAGUCAACACAAGUCAGCUUUACCAUCAGCAGCUUCGAAAAUACGGGUUUUGGGAUCUGCAGAAAAUUAUGGUAGUCGGUUUUUAGUCCCACACACAAACUGUACGCCAGUGGAUCGGGUUCCCAGCUAACAGUAAAGAAGAUGAGUCAGGCCGAGCAGGUGCCUGAAGACGUGUCUGCAUACCCAGAAGAUGAGCCAGUGCCUACAGACAACAACAAGGACCAUCCACAGGUACAACCAGGCAUGUUCGGCAGGUUGGCGGGGGGCUUGUAUGGAGCCACAAAGGGAGCUUUGGGAGCUACUGUGGGUGGUGUGACCUGGAUAGGAGGAAAGAGUCUGGACCUCACCAAGACUGCUGUCACCUCGGUAGCCGCUGUGCCUGCAGUGGGAGUGGGGCUGGUUAAAGGUGGAGUGUGUGCUGUUGCAGGAGGAGUGACUGCUGUUGGUUCUGCAGUGGUCAGCAGAGUUCCCACAGGGGGAGGCAAAAAGAAAGACAAGUCUGACUGAAGGGAAGAAGCGUGAACAUGUACAGCUCACAAUGUUUGUCUUCAUUUGCAUUUGUGAGCUGGAAAAGACCAACAAAGGACUCAAAGUUCAGUGUACAUGUUUUGAUGUUGGUUCUGUUCUUUUCCUCCCUUUAGUUUAUCUUUUUGUUAUUGAUCAUAAAUCCAUGCUGAUGAAAUGGAGUCAAAGAUUUAUAAUGAAACAGCACAACAAAGACUCCACUGUUACAGGAAGACACACCAGAUAAAAAAAUCCCUGUGACAGAAGUUCAUUUUCAUUGCAAGACAAUCAGUGAUGAUCUAUAGAUUACAACGACAUGUUUUGGGGGGAUUGGAAAACUUUUGACACAGUUACUGGAAGAAGUGACAGUAUGAUUUCUGUCAAUUAUUCUUUAAUUUGUCUCAUCUUUUCACAAAUGAGAAAUCUGUCCAGUCAAUGAAAUGGUAUUAAAAGGCCAAUUUAAUAUUCACAACAUUUGCUGGCUGAUAUAUAACUGGCUAUACCCCCCCCCCAACACACACACAUGCACACACAUUUCUGAACUGUUACCACCAUCUAGUGGUUAUUUUCUCCACUCAGUGGAUUGCAGCUCCCUCGUCAUAGUUUUUUUUAUUGCAGUAAAUAAUUACUGUAUGAAAGUGAGGUGGAUUGUAAUGAAUAUUUUUCCAACUAAUGUAUGUUUUUAGCAGUGUUUAUAAUGUCUGAAACCUUUUCGAAACGUCAUUCUUAUAUCUAGAAUUUCUUUUAAAUAAAAUUAUUUCUGA